GCCAGGUAGACCUGCAUGAUAAAUGCUGGAAUCGAUGUCCCUCCAUUGUUCAGAGACAGAAGGUUACCUAAAACAGUCAUGCAGCAAUUGACAUUGUCUAGAAUAGAUCUAUUAGUGUCAAUAUUUGUACAUAUUUAAAAUUUGAGCAUAUUUAAAAUAGGAAGCUCAAGAGUCAGAGGUUGGCUUCUCCUCUUACCUGUGUGUUUGAAAGUACCCGGUUAAUGCCAGUAAAAAUUAAAUCACCUUAGUGGCAGCUAUAUCUGAUGUAUUGUACUGGCUUGAACAAACACUGAGUGAGACUGAGGCUGGGGACGAGGAAUGUCCUGGUGCUCCUGCCCUGGGACAUCCUGCCUCUGCUUGGUAUUGUCCUGGUGAAGUGAGUGGUGUCUUACUCUCGAGGCCAUUUUGUAUUCGGGUCAUUUUGGUGGUGCUACACUACUUUGCUGUAAUCCUGGGAGAUUAGGGGAGGCUGGGCACGUGCUGGUGCAUUUAGAAAGGCGAGUGAUUAGGGUUAGCUGUGUGGUUUUGUGAAAGCUCUUUGUGCUGAUGUGAACAAAGUAGCAGUCCAGAGUUGGAAGGUAGGCAGCUCUGCGGCAGCCCCCCUGCACCCUCCUGCAGCGGCUGGGUGGGUUUCAGCCGGCUCACCUGGGGUGGAUGGGGUGAACAAGUGUGAAACCACCCCAGAAAACUACGGUGGGUGUGCUGGCUUCAAAGGGAGGCUGAAGGGAUUGCCUUGGAGAUAGGGAAAACUGAGGACAAGCAGCCAAAGCAUUUCUCUAGGUGGCAGCCUCCUAAAGGUGCCCUGCUAGAUUUUGGCAGCCAGCUAUUUUGUGUGGAAGUAUGGAAAAUCUUUUGUGAGGAUUGUUUCUUACUUGCACUGCAGUUAAAGUUGGUCUUGGUGUAGUGGCGAAUUGCCAAAGGAGAAACUGAAAGUGUUUCCUAAUGCAAGUUGCUACUUAGACUUAAGUCUCUGCAUGUUCUUGUUUCUCUCCCACUUUUUAAAAAAGCCUUACUACUCUGUCUGUCACAGAAAAUGUGCCCAAGGGCAGCGUUACAAAAUGGCAAUAUUACUUUGCUUUAGAGGCAAGGGGCCCUCCUUGUUUGGAGGUGCCCUGUCUGAAGAAGGGCAAGCUCUGAGCAUCCUCCCACUGCUGAUUUGUUCCCCUUUCGAUGGAAAACUGCUAUUCCCAAAUUGGCUCUGGAAAGGGGCACAAUUUGGCCAGGCCCUAGAACAGGAGGUGCAUCCAGGUCCUGCACACAGUGACGAUCCCGAUAAAGACCCGGCCGAUAGCAGCGCUAAGGGAGCUGCAGGGAUGUUUUGGAUGUGGCUUUUCUUGGGACUGACAAUAUGUGCAUAGCGCAGCGGUUCAGGAGCAAAAUGAAGUGGUCGAGUAAUGUGCAUAGUCGUGCAGUUUUCUGUACUGCUGGCUCAGCACACCAUGAGUUAAGUGAAGAUUAUGCUUAACCUUUUAUUUGCUCUUCUUUUUGUGCUUCUACAAACUUAGGCUGUUCGGUUACAAUUUCCUGAGUAUUGCCACACACCAAGCUUGGAAAAUGAGGUGCAUUUAGCCAAUUUAUGGCCUGACAUAUGUUAAUUAACAUUAAUUACCUGCUUGAAUAGUCCAUUUAGCACUUAUUAUUAAAAAGUGGCUUGUCUACAGAAGGGGAUUUUCCUUCAGAGUGAGAUGUUUUGUUCUAACUUGCUUCAGAUGAAGUCAGGUUGGGGUAUCCCGUGCUUCUCUGCAUGGCUGCAGCAGUUUCCUGAUGUUCUAGUUGUGCGUGUGGGAUACAGUUGUACCACUGAUAGGCACCAACUCCUUACCUGUGUGUAUUUGGCAUUUAUUUGACAACACCUUCCCAAGCAAACUUGCAUGUUUCCAAGCAUUUUCUGCUAGGGGUGGGUACAGCUCUUGCUCAUCUGCUUGAGGCAGUAGAGAAAGAGCCGUGCUUCUCAGUCUGCCAGGAGCUGCAGGGGCAUCUGGAGUCCUGUGGUGAUGUGACCUCAGCCCCUUUGGGGUGAGGGAAUAGGAAAAGCUCAGGUGUGCAAGGCUGGAGAGGGGAUGUUGGAGUUGCUGGAGCACACUGUGGUGCCUUGCAGGGAGGUCAUCUUCUGCUCUGUGUGGAGGAGGAUGAUGGACCUUGGGGCUCCUGCAGCCAUUGAGAACAGGCCCCUGCUGGAGUGGAGUGUGAUCUCCAGCAACAGCAGAAGUCUUGCUGUAUUCUUAAACUACAUUACCCAAGUUAUCUCCUGGACAGUGUGUUGAGUAAAGGCUGUCACAGAUCAUUAACCUGUGAGGGGUGUAAGAACCAGAGAGGAUUUGUACGAUUUCCAAAUACCAGUAUUAAAAAAAAAUCCGUGCCUCAAUUCCCCAUAUCCCAGUUUCUCAUUCCUUUCUCAGGACACUCUGGGGAUGUUAUGUCCUAUUUCACUUCCAUCCUUCCCAUUUGUUACACCAGUGGGAGGGUUGCAUGUUGCACAUCUGUGGGAGGUGAGGGGCUGGCUUGUAGCUGGCAGUUUUGGUUGGGGAUAGAUUAGUCUACAGGACUGAUGAAAAGCAAUGCAGGUACAGUGUGAGGAGUUGGGAACAAGUGAGUGAUUGCAUCCAUGCUCUGCGUUAUCCCUGGUGUGAAAUAGCAAGGGAGCUGCCUUCCAGUAGGGCUAGAGAAGAGCAUUGCUUUUUGCCAGAGUGGUUUCUCCUGGUGGUGUGCUUGGCUGUGAGGUCCAGGAGGAGCCCAUCUUGCCCUGCAAAGCCAGAGUCCUUUCUGUGGGCCACUCACCUUGCACAUUUGCUUAAGGAUUGAUAUGCUUAUAAUGCUGUUUUGCAGGGUAUUUGAGGGAGGUUGGGAGUUAGUAGCAUUGAAGUGUUCUUAAUAACUCUGUCUGUGUGUGUCCUACUUGGACUUUGCUUACUGGGGCAAUUUUCUUUAUCUGUAUGCUGGUACCUAUUAAAAAGAAAGGCUAUUUAAAUACUUUUUCAAAUAUCUUCUUAAGAUUUCACAGACAGAAAAAUGCCUUUCUGUGGAUUUGUACUAGUAAAGAAAUGCCUUGUGAAAAUUAGGUCUUAUAACAGAUUUGUGCUAACAAAUUAAAUGGGUUGCUUGUUCUAUCACAACAUGCUACAUACUUUAGAGCUGAAUUAUGGAAUGCUGGGUUCUCACAUGAACAUGUUUAUUUGGCAGGGUAUUAUUUUGCUUUUCUUUAUUAUUUUUCUCCUGAUGGUGCAGUUUCUACUCGCUGCAUGUAAAGAGAGGUGUGAGGACGGUGCAUGCUGGUACAGAAGGGUAGAGGCAGCCCACGGACCAUUGUUGGAGAAACUGGUGGAGGAAGGAUCACUUGAAAAUUCAAUCCGGCACAACUUGUCACUCCACAGCCGAUUUGUCAGGGUGCAGAAUGAAGGCACCGGGAAAAGCUCUUGGUGGAUGAUCAAUCCAGAUGGUGGAAAAGGAGGCAAGGCUCCCAGGAGACGCGCUGUGUCAAUGGACAACAGCAAUAAGUACACCAAGAGCAGAGGGCGGGCGGCAAAGAAAAAGGCAGCCCUGCAGACAGCCCAGGAGACGAGUGAGGACAGCCCUUCCCAGCUCUCCAAGUGGCCAGGGAGUCCCACCUCCCGCAGCAGCGACGAGCUGGAUGCAUGGACAGAUUUUCGCUCCCGUACAAAUUCAAACGCCAGUACGAUCAGUGGCCGAUUGUCACCAAUUUUGGCAAGCACCGAGCUCGAUGAUGUUCAAGAUGAUGAUGCUCCACUCUCUCCCAUGCUGUACAGUAGUCCAUCGAGCUUGUCCCCAUCGGUAAACAAACCGUGUACUGUGGAAUUGCCUAGGUUGACUGAUAUGGCUGGGACAAUGAACUUGAAUGAUGGACUGACUGAUAACCUCAUGGAUGAUCUCUUGGACAAUAUAACGCUCCCUCCCUCCCAGCAGUCACCCACAGGAGGGAUAAUGCAGAGAAGCUCCAGUUUUCCUUAUGGUUCCAAAGGUUCAGGGCUGGGCUCCCCAUCAAGUAGUUUCAACAACGCUGUGUUUGGGCCGUCGUCCCUGAAUUCCCUCCGCCAGUCACCCAUGCAGACGAUUCAGGAGAACAAGCAGGCCACCUUCUCUUCCAUUUCUCAUUACAACAAUCAGACGCUGCAGGAUCUCCUCACCUCUGAUGCGCUUAGUCACAGCGAUGUCAUGAUGACACAGUCUGACCCACUCAUGUCACAAGCCAGCACAGCUGUGUCCGCCCAGAAUUCCCGCAGGAAUAUAAUGCUCCGCAACGACCCCAUGAUGUCGUUUGCCGCGCAGUCCAGCCAGGGCGGUCUGGUCAAUCAGAACCUGUCCCAUCACCAGCACCAGUCCCACAACUCCUCUCUUAGUGGCAGCCGUGCCUUGUCCAAUUCCAUCAGUAACAUAGGCUUGAGUGACUCCAACAGCUUGGGAUCCACCAAACAUCAGCAGUCACCUGUCAAUCAGUCUAUGCAAACACUUUCUGACCCGCUGUCGGGCUCCUCUUUGUACUCCUCUAGUGUGAACCUUCCGGUCAUGGGACAUGAGAAGUUCCCCAGUGACUUGGACCUGGAUAUUUUCAAUGGGAGCCUGGAGUGUGACAUGGAGUCCAUUAUCCGCAGUGAACUCAUGGAUGCCGAUGGGCUGGAUUUUAACUUUGAUUCCCUCAUCUCAGCUCAGAACGUUGUCAGUCUGAAUGUGGGGAACUUCACUGGUGCUAAACAGGCUUCGUCACAGAGUUGGGUACCAGGCUGAAGGAUCUUUGAGAACAGGGAAAACGGGCAAACAGGCCCUCAAACUGACACGAGAUGUAGAGAGAGAACCCUUUGCCAAAUCUGCUGUCAGCAAGUGGACAGUGAUACUGUUUACAGCUUACGACCUUUGUGAACCCUGCAUUAUUUUCCUAAUGAAGCAGACUGUUAAUAGGCCCCUUACUGGAGUGAAGAACCUACUUUUUUUUUCCCCUCUCUUUUUCUUUUUUUUUUUCUUUUUUUGUUGAAAAUUGAACUCAUUCUGAAGUAUGCAAAAUCUUCCUUUUCUGGGAUGGCCAAGCACCUGCUGUGGAGACAAUGUUCAGCACCAUCCUGUUGAGAAUACACUGUGUAACCUUUACACUAGUUACUUGUCAAUGAGUAUGUGGUGUUUCAAUAUAUUAAUGGUUUAUGGGAUGUUUUAAGUUUGCUUUUCUUUUUGGAGGUUUUCCCUGUCUGCCCACCCUCCCCCGCCUCCUACAGCCUCCAGUUUGAUUUCCAUAGAUUUUUAACCAUUUUUGCUUUCUCUCCCUGGGGAAUCUGAGGCACUGUGCACGUGCAUGGAAAUGACUGUAACCCAGCAGCACUGCUCAGGUGUCAGGGUUUUCUGAAGGUACAGCGUUUGUUAGCCCUGUCAGCCAGCUGGAUUCCAGAGAGGGGAUGUGCGUGGCCUGCUUGUUUGUUGGGUUGGUUGGUUUGUUUCUUUCUUAUUCUUUCCUGAAGUUUAAUGGUACAGCCCUGUUUUCCGUAAGGGUCAGCCCAGAGCUGGUGGCAAAGCAGGGGAAGCUGGCGAGUGUGCCUCUUGGCUCAUGAGGACAGACUGACAGCGGGUGCCAUUGCCCUCACAUGCACCAAGGCAGGAGCCCCUCUCCUGCCCACUGGAGCGGGCUCCCCUCCUGCCUUAGGUUAGCAAAGCUGCCCUCACUGCCGUGGGGAGCUGGUGAGGAGCUGUGGACUGAGCUGCCACAAGAGGUGGACGUAGUCACCUGUAGAGAUGUGUUUGGAAGCACAGAAAUUAAAGGAAACCGAGCGGCUGGGCAUCAGCAAGUGACUUGCGGUGACAAUGCCAGGAGCUGAGGCACAGAUCACUGCAGGGUGUGUUAUGGCAUUAGUGAUCCUUUUUAUUUUUGUUGUUGUUGUUGUUUUGGACAUAUCCUUGAUUAUUUUUUCCUUCUCAUUUUGUAUAAUCCAUUGUGGCAGAAGAAGCAGGAGUGGGAAUGGCACAGUAUCAUGCAAAUGGCUUUUCAUACGAGCAUAGAUUGUAGCAGGAUAAAUGACACUGAAAGACAAGGCAGUUUUAUAUAUUUUGCUUCUAAGAUUUUCUUUUGUAAAAUGGAUAAUAAUUAAUAAUAAUAAUGAAUAAAAGGUAUGGUGCUGUAUAGAUCCUCUCUAUAAUCUGGAAAGUUUGAUUACUUUUUAUUAGUAUCUGGGGGGGAGGGAUACAAAAAAAGAGGGGAAAACACCAGUGGUACAUAGGAAUUUGGUAUGAAGAGGUUCUGAAUAGGACAGUGUAUACAUAAUUCUCCAAAGCGAUAUAUGAAGUUUUUUUUUUUCCUUUGCAUAAAAGCAUUAUGCAUAUAAAUAUAUAAAUAUAUUUUAUUAUGUACAGAAAUGGAUCAUUAUGCAUGGAUGUUAGGAAAACAAAACUAGCAUUUUAACGCAAGGUCUCAGUGCAUGAGUUCCCACCGACCCGUGUCCCAUGCAAUGUGGAGUGACUCCCUCUCGCCACUGCCACCGCACAUGCACAGUCAUGCACCAACACUCACACGCAUUCGUGGGCCCUUCCUCACUCCUUACUUUCCAGGUCCCUGAGGUGAUUUUGGUGAAACAAUGGCUCCUAGUGUGAUGGAAGUUUUGGUUUUGUACCGUAGCCCCCAUGCUGUUCUCUCAUAAAGACGCACCUCUUGGAUUCUCCCCCCAGUUAUGACUGUAGGCUCUGUGCAGUUGUGGGUAGCAUAGCCCUGUAGCAUAUCAACUCUUUCAAGCAGCCAAGGGUUUAUCAUUUGCCUUUUAAAAAAACUUCUCUUUUCCUUUUAUACUGAGGGGUUCUAUUUGUUGGCACAUGGCCUAGUUUAUUACGUUCAUUGGAGCUGGCUGGUGCACAUUGCCCAUGUCUAUCAGCAGCCAGCUUCCCAGGAUGCUUGUGUGGCACAGCUGGGCACCCUGCUUACCCAAGUUGCAGGCACCUUUUACUGAAAUUGGUCAAGAGUUCAUCACUGGCCUCUCCUGAGCUUGUGCCAUUAGCUUUUAGCUUCACCCCAAAAUGUGAGUGUGUGCUUGAGGGCUUCCCUCUGGUAUUUCUUUCAUUGAGGCCUCUCUGCAGCUCCUGCCCUGUGGCUGGACUUGUGCCCCAGCCCCAUGUUUUGGCUGUCAGAGCUCACUCUGUGAUUCCCCGUGCUGAGGUGCAGCUUUUGAUCCCUACACAGAUGAGCCUCCAGUGAGACCCGUGGUGCUGCCCAAAGACCCACUGUCACUGACAGAUCAGUAAAGCCUCACUCAACAUUAUGGCCAAAGUCACUAAACCUCAUAAUUUAUGUUUUUUCUGGGUACAGAUUCAGUUCAUGUCAAAGGCAAGGGAAGGCCUGCUUAAAGCUUAAAUGAAAAGGCUGCAAAUUCUGCUCUGUUCCAGCAACUUAGCCUGCUUGGGUUCAGAGGAACUGCUUUCCACUGGCAGAAAUGAGAGACGAAACGAUGGCCUGCUCUGUUCAGAAAAUGGAUAAAAAACACUUGGUUCAGAGACAGUCCAUCAAUGGCAGAGAAGUUUUUUUUUACAGAAAUAAUAAAAGCAUUUGUGGCUAAAAGGCUUAACCUGCCUCCCAGCAAUGUCAAGGGGAGCGUUUCCAUUGGCGUGGCUGGGACAGCUUGGCCCCUGCUUUGGAGAACAUCCCAGUGCUCACUGAAGAGGGAUGGACCUGGCCAACCUCUUCAGUUUGGUUUGGUUUUUAUUGCUCAGUUUAGGGGCCAAAAUUUUCAAGCAGAAGUGCCUGGUAUCAGGCACCAAACAUCAGGGACUCCAGCAUGGUCACAGGGGAUGAGCUGCUCUGCCCUCAUGGCUUCUUGAAGGUCGGGGAGGGGACAGGUCCCCCCAGCCCAGGGGGAGGUCAUCGCCCUCUUCACCUGCUGAGGUGCCCAGCAAAGGCCCUUUUCUCCAGAGGUGCUAGAUAAAUCUCCCUGAAUUCAAAGGGCCAGUUAUUUAGCUGACAAAAUUAAGCCUUGAAUAGUUAGUCUGAGGAACCUACAUUCUGAAAAUUUGGCCUUUGAGUCUUUGAACGUGUUUAUGCCUAGAAGUUGUCCUUGUGAAAUCAUGUUGAACAGAUGAAGGUCAAGGUCACAAUUACAUGGUUGUCUUUUGAACACUUGGUCUCAACAAAAGGUCUAAAAAGGUGUUACUUAUGCAGUUUCUAGUCACAGGUUGGGGCUCGAUUUAAUCAUUCUGUAAAAUAAAUUUUCCUUUAAGAAUAAUUGGAUAGUUAAACCCUGCUUAACUCCAGAAAUUUUUGUGCCACUGCUUAAAAAAGUUACCUUUUAGGUCAUGUAUUUCUCCAAAAUUAUAUCAUUGCUUGGCAAUUGGUGUCCUGUAAGUGUUUCAAGCCCACAGUAUACCUUUGGAAUUGCCAACAGAUGCGAAGGGGGACCAGAUACAUUUCGUAACUAUGGGUUGGAAAAAAUGGAUUGUACAUUUGGCUUCACAUGUUUAACUUUUUUUUAAAAAGUUGCAUGAUUGGAAAAAAUAUGUAUACAGUAUCUGUAAAACUGUUUUAUCUGUUUCUGUUUCAAGCCAUGUAAAUUGGAAGAAUAUUAAAUCCACAGCCUUAUCGCGCAUGGCCGUCUUUACAUACCGAAGAGCUGAACAGUUUUUACUUUUCAUUUGGGCUAUCUUGUACUUUCAUUUGAAAGCAGACACUCUCACGUUGCAGUCUUACUGAGGAUUUUAUAUUAAAAAAAAAACAAAAAACAAUAAAAAAAAAUUGGAAAACAAAGAAAAAAAAGAUGCUGCCCUGGAGGAAUAUAUUACCUUACUACUCAGAGGUUGGAAGGAAGUUUGUUUUGGAGCAAAACCUGCCCCUUUCCAAAUGAAGUAGAGACGCAGUGCUUACUCCACUUGGUGUUAGUAGAUAUUGCCUUGUGUAUUCCAUUUUAAAUUGUAAUCUAGUUUGUAAAAGAGAUGGUGACGCAUGUAAAUAAAGCAUAAUGGAUCUCUACAUUGCA